AUACAAGCAACAACCCCGUAGUGUCGUAGCGCGGAGUGCUCGCGGACAGAACCACGUGAGUGCGCGAGUGUGCGUGCGCGAGUGUUGUGAUACUCUCGACCGUCUACAGAUCUACAUGUGAUUAUCAUUUAAAAUUGGAUAUUUUAGGGGUUUCAUCAAAGGAAUGUUCUCUGACCUCUUCCCGUAUUUAGAUUCCCUUAUUCUUUAUUACUUUUCACUCGGAUAGUUUCACCACUCUCUGUUUGUCUUCCUGACUCGUCGCACCAAAAUUGUAGAGAUAAAUAGGGCAAAUCACUUUACAGGUCGUAUUUCUUCCCUUAGAUCUAAUUUUCCGCUUUUCUCGGGUAAAGGGGAGGGGAAUCCCAGGAGGUAAGCCGGUAGCCAUCGACGAGUGAGUGGACCAUCUCCAGAGUCGCCAUCGGGCCAGGAAGCCAAGGAUUUCGCCGACCUUGUCCGUCGACUCGUCAAGAUUUCCCGUCAGGAAAGUGCCAGUGGGGAGGUUGUGGUGGGCUACAGCCUGGUGGGCGUCUAUCCGUGCGCAUUGUGGAAGCCCCAAACCUGCGGCUGUCCCUCUUCGACCUCUGAGUCCGGAGGUGCGAUCCGAACGACCAGACUGGCGUCCUCAGUGAGGCCCACGCCGUACCCACAGCCCGAGCCCUGCCGUUGUAGGGCUCUCCCGGCUGAGGAACCCACAUGCGAGCCCGCCACUACCCCCAUGCUGUUCGUCCCGUUCUCCUACGCUCCCCAUCUCGCGCUCACAAACACCAGUGUCAGCCCAUCCGGCACCAACACUCCACUUAUUAAGGCUGUUGCUGUGACAGAACCUGUCAACGGCAGUGUGGACAUGAAAGUGAAUUGGGUGACAUCACCAGGCUUGCAACCCAAACAGGAUACUAGCAAACACUACCACAUAUUCGUCGGGGAUCUAAGUCCGGAAAUUGAAACGCAAACCUUAAGAGAAGCCUUCGCACCGUUUGGAGAAAUUUCGGAUUGCAGAGUUGUCAGAGAUCCGCAGACACUAAAGUCUAAAGGAUAUGGAUUCGUUUCGUUUGUUAAAAAAGCGGAGGCGGAAAGCGCCAUCACAGCGAUGAACGGCCAGUGGCUCGGCAGCCGGAGUAUCCGCACCAACUGGGCCACUAGGAAACCGCCCGCCCCCAAGAGCGACUUGAACUCGAAGCCACUGACGUUCGACGAGGUUUACAACCAAUCCAGCCCCACCAACUGCACAGUGUACUGCGGGGGGCUGACCAAUGGUCUCACGGAGGACCUCAUGCAGAAGACUUUCUCGCCCUUCGGAACUAUCCAGGAGAUCAGAGUCUUCAAGGAUAAGGGCUAUGCUUUUGUUAGAUUCUCCACCAAGGAGUCGGCGACCCACGCGAUCGUGGCGGUCCAUAAUACAGACAUCAACGGCCAACCGGUGAAGUGCUCGUGGGGCAAGGAGUCCGGAGACCCAAACAAUGCACAGGCUGCGGGCCAGCCGCUGACGGGAGCUCAGUUCCCCUACACGUACGGACAGCAGCUGGGCUACUGGUAUCCCCAGAGCUACCCUACCACGGCCGCCGCUGCCGCGCAGAUGCAAGGCCAGUUCCUGCAAGGCAUGCAAGGCUACACAUAUGGCCAGUUUGGCUAUCAGCAGGGAUAUAUGGGGCGGAUGGGGAUGCAACUACCGGGGGCCUGGCCGGCGCAACCCCAACUGCCGAGUACUCAGCUCGCGUCUGCUGUGGCGGCGCAGGGGGCGGCACUUCAGCAGCCCACCCCCGGCAUGAUGGCAUACCCCGCCAUGCAGCAGUUCCAGCUGACGGAAGACGAGUGGCUCGCCCCCAGCCUUCUGGUCUGAUGGUAGCCUGCAGCCUCCCUCGCACCAUGAUCAUAUCAAUACAAUCCAAUCACUCUGUGACACUUACUCUCAACACAAACUUUUACAAAUUCGAAAGUCUUUCAAGGCCCUGUCAAUGUGCUUAGUAAUUCGGAAUUAUUUCAUGACAAACUCCCCGCCAUUCUUUCACCGGGCGAGUUGCACCUUUAAGACGAUGCUGGCGUUUUUAUUUUUGCGUUAAUUUGCGUUAGAGAUUGUUUUUUAUUUAACGAAAAAUGAUAAAACACUGUCUGGUAAUAGAAGUUGUCCUAGGGUGAAUUGAAUAAAAUUAAAAAUAAAUCUGAUGAUUUGUAGCAAAACACUAAAACAUACAUAGUUAGAAAUAAAUCCUGAUCUUUCAUAUUUAAUCAUUUAGAAAGAUUUUACUUAUACUUUGUGAGUUGAGUAGCCUACUUACUAUUAGAGGAAUAAGUUGAUAAAAUAUAUUAAACAUCCCGUUAUAGAAAUGUUAUGAAAAAGGCUUUGACUUUACUUACUUUCAUAGCUAUGUUUGAUUUCGUGAACCUUAAAUUUUAAAUAACAAAUAAUUGAGUGUGACAUUAUGGACAUUUGACACCCAGCAGUGGAAAAAAAUAUUGUUAUGUAUAUUGUUUUUUAAUAAUUCUUUUUUGCCAAACUAUCACUGAACUUAUUUAAUAGCUGACCCUUUUACAGUCCUUCAUAUUAUGUUCUGUUCGGUUUAAUAAAAUGAGAUAAAGUUCACUUAAUGGAGUCAUACGUGUUUUAGAAUUUUAAAGGUGCAACUGACCCUAAAGAAUGAGAGGAGUUCCCGGGCCAGUCUGUGGACUGGGGCUUACUUUCUUUAUUGUUUCUUGGUGUAAAGACCCUGAUGAUGGGGACGGGGUAAAUGUGCGCCGACACGACUCCAGCGCCGGGACGCCAGACGCCUCAGCCCUUCACUGUCUGGACCGGGUAGCGCCGAGAUCUCCGCAUCACUCCACACUAACUUUAAGUUCAUUUUAGAAGGGAGUCUGAAAACAGUAACCUAAAACGAACCGACCCUUUCAUAAGUAUUUAUGUACAAAAGUAAUGAUAAGAAAGUGGCAUCUGUGUACUGCACAAGAAUUCACCCAAUCACACGAUGUACAUUGUAGCACUUUAGGGCGACAGUGAUGUACCCUUAGACACCGGUGAUAAGAACUUUAGACCUGUAGUGAGCAGAUGUACGUAGACUAGAUAUAUGUAGUGUUAAUAUAUAUGAGAAGAUAUACUAUAUAGGGAAUGAUAUACUCAGAUGUAGUGUCAGUUCACACGGGGCCCCGACCCGACCCAGUCAAUAUUUAGUUCUCUAGAAGCUUUAACGGAUCGGUUCUCGGAGUUCUCGGAGCGUUCUUCCACCGCGGUCCGGGGCCCCGAAUUCCGGUUUUAGUUCACCGAGUACUGUAAACUUGCAGGCAAUCAUUGUACACGCUGAACAAACGUUACGUGGUCAAUUUUUCAAUUAUUUUGUAAAUAAAACUCAAGUCCUAGUAACCGUAAUCAGACAAACCGAACUAAAAACACGCACUCGAUGACGUGAGGUGGAGGUUGUUUGUACAUAGCGUGGUAGAGUUUAGCCCGACACACAACUGUAGGGGUGUCUCGCUAGAUUACGAGUACAGUAACAAUGGUGACAAGUGGUAUUUUUGGUUAAUAACGUUAGGAUCACAAAUUAUAAUUGUAUAAAGAGGGAAUGUUUGCAUUACAACAUUUUAUAUAAGCGAGUACAUAAUAGUGUAUAUAGUGUUUAUUUACCACACACAGUGAUCUGUUAGGUUAGGUACGGAUUGGUCCUAAGGCCGGAUGGGAUGGAAAACACGCGUCGUCUGACUGGUCCUGCCUCCGAGGAGUCGAUGAAACCAAUACUCGCUUUCGCUCUAUGUGACAAUUAAAGAUAUUAAUAUCCAGUAAUUUUGCAUUAGUAAGUAUUAGUACUAACACGUUUCGUUAAUAUAAGGUUUAUAAAAAGUUAGGUAAUUUUUGUUUAAACUUUUUCCAAUUCUAAAGUUGCCUCAGGCCAAACUUAAUUUCUUUUACAAAUUUCCUACUUACGAUUCUUUCUUCUGAUAAAAUAAUAAAUUAUAAUGACGUGUUUUCCGCAUUUACUUUAUAUAUUAAAGUCCGACAAUGAUUCAAAUCCAGUUAUGAAAACUGGAAUAAAAUUAAAGAUUAAUAACUCAAAGUUAAUCAGUUUGAUUCUGUUUAUCUAAAUAUUUAGAUUUUGUGGUCACUUAUUUUCACUCUUUACACACUAAAGUUGUAACACUUUUUUAACCAAAACCCUUAAGAUGAAAACCGCCCUACGUUAAAAUAGGUAGUAUUGAGGAAAAUAGCCUAUGUGAAGUAAGAUAGCCUUCAAAUCGUAUAAAGAUUGUUUUAAUGUAGGCCACGUGACUAUUGAACUUUCUGUGCCAAUGAAGCAGAUUUGAUGUGUUCCAAAUUUAUUGAAAACCAUGCAAAAAUUUCAAGUGAGCAAUUUACCAGAUUAGUCUACAGAUUAUCAUCUGCUGCUCGAGAUGGGAUUGUUGCAGCUUAUGUUAAACUAAAAAAAUGUUGCUAUAAAAUCUGUAACUUGAAGAUACAUCCCAUCUCUAACAGCGUGUUUAAAAAUUUCCCACAGUUAAAAAGUAUGGGAAAACAUCGUUGUACAGAACCAUCCAUGGAACACAUUGUUAAUUUGUUUAAUGUUUUGGAGGUAUUUAUUGUUUUUUUUUUUUUUCUUGGUAAAAUCUCAUGGGUUUUGUGGUAAUAUCAAUCCUUGAGGCAGACCAGUCUGAGGCGUGAUCUCUUCCGUGGGUCAAGGUUGAAGAGCACGUGCUAGUAUUAAGGGUUUAUUAUAUAAUGUUAGACCGGUACAAAACCCUAACCGAGGAGUGUACUUUUAUAUAGCGACCUAGUACCGCAUUUUGAUACAACUAAGUAAAGGGAACGCCGUACGGGACAUGAAGCCAGCAUUUUUUAUAGAUGGGUUAUCGCACCUAGAAUCCCUGCGCACAGAACCCCACCCCGUAGCGCCGAGUACAGCACAGUCUGUAUCGCCCACCCCCGACCUUCAAUGUUCAUGUUGCGUUUGGACAAGGUACUACAUGUUUUAUAAAUAUGCAUCUAUUCGGUACGUUUGUUCUUGUUUGUUCCGAGAACGUAAAUUAUUUGAGGUGUAGUUAAUUGUAAGGAUGUACAUGACGAGAUAAUGUUAUUAUGUCAUAUGUUCGUUGUUCUACCAGUAUUAUGUGACGUUACAACGAAAUUGUGUUGUUCCUUUUGUAAAGCGAUGUCGUCUAUGGUUUCGUUAGCUCCUAACUCGUGUGCGGCCAGAUGUAUCGUUCACACAACGAUCGCAAACUGUCAAAUUUUCUGGGGGGGUCAAUCUCAAGUGAGAACAACAUAGUUGUCGAUUUAGAUUUAAGCCUUUCAGCUCCUCGAAGAGUCUUCUGCUCUUACCACAGAUUUUGAGAGGCUCUCGUAUUCUGUAAUUCUGCUUCUGACGGGAGCCUCGAUUCGGUUCUCAAAAACUCUAUUGUAAUGGAUUGUUGGUACCGUAUUGGUUUUUGAACUUGUAAGUAAUUUGUUAUGUAGAUUAAUUUAUACUACACUGUUUAGUACUUAUCUACUUUUGUAUGUAUACAACAACGAAGAAUAGUUAGACACUGUAAAUUAUCGUUUGACGAGAUGUAUUAGUCUUAUUUUAGAUAUAAUCAAAUCGGCUGUGACUCGAUUAAUGUUUGUUACUAUCAUAGAGUAUUGAAACGACUAGUUUUUGUCUUUCCUACUUGGAAAUUAUACUCGUGUACUUAUGUACUGUCUUUUAGAAAUAGUCUAGCGCUACGUCUAGUCUUGAAAAGAGCGAUUAAGGCUUAAAGCUAAAUUAAAUCUUAUAACAAAACAUAUUACGAAAACACUUUGUGAGGAUAUAAAAAAAUAUUUGCCAGGGAGCCAAAGGUGAUUGAAAGAAAAGAUAAUAUCUAUACAUCCUGGAAACACUGAACGUGCGUUCAGAGAUAACAGAAAGAAAUAAAACGAAUGUGUAUAUAUUA